AGCGGCUGACAGGAGGGGCGGGCGGCUCCUGCACUUCUGGCGCCCAGGCCGGCGGGCGCACUUCUAGGGUUCCCGUCUGCGUCGGGAGUCCCGGUGUGGCCAGCGGCAGCCGUGCGGACGGCCAGAGUCGGCGGUGGGAUGUGCUCGGCCAGGAAGCUGCUGCGGGGCGGCACCGGCGGCGGGGAGUGCGACGAGGACGGGGCGGCGCCGGCAGGGCGGGCUGAGGAGCGGGAGCCCGGGGCGAGCCCGCUGCGCGGGCGGCCGCAGGACGAGGGCGAGCAGGAUGCUGAAGAACCACAAAACCACUCUGGCGAACCCAUUGGAGAUGACUACAAAAAGAUGGGAACGCUUUUUGGUGAACUGAACAAAAACCUCCUCAACAUGGGCUUCACGAGGAUGUAUUUUGGAGAGCGGAUUGUGGAACCAGUCGUGGUCAUUUUCUUUUGGCUUAUGCUAUGGUUCCUGGGCCUGCAAGCCCUUGGACUGGUUGCUGUUCUUUGCCUUGUCAUUAUUUAUGUACAGCAGUAAAACACUGGACAUUUGGUAGCCAUGUGUGUAACCGAUAGAGCUAUCUACUUGGGCUUUUUGAAAGCCAAAGUAGUUUGACAUAUUUCAUAUUGUGUCCUGGCUAUUUGUAAUUUAAAUUAUAAAUGAGUGUUCUUUAAAACUCAACUCUUUGUUAUAACAAGGAUGAAUAUAUAUUUUUGACUAUAUAGUGACGUACUCAAACUCUUUUCCACUCCUGUGAUCUGUACCUACCUUUAGAUACCCCUGCCCCAUGCCACAUCUGAACGCCAGGAGACAGCAGCGGGAUUAGCAGGACAUGAAGUUCACUGAAACGCUGGAGUUCUUGUGAAGUUCCAGUGAAAACAUGUGGAGAGAAAAAGGGGAAAUGUGGCUAAGAAUAAGUUUUAAUUGGGAAACUGUUCCACUUGCAACUCCGUUGAGAAAUCCCAUUUGGGGGAUAUGUUUGUCUGUGUUACCUCUGCGUAGUCUAAAACAAAGUGAGUGAUAAGCGCACGCACUGCUUCGGUGCUGUGCAAGCGAUGAUGCUACUUCCUUCACACUGAGAAUAAUGUACUUGUUGUUGGUAAUGCUUUUGGGUUAAAUGUAAGUUUUUAUAUGUUAUACUUAGGCCUCUACGAGAUUGUAAAGUUAGAGAUGAUUCCGGUGCUAACUUCUUUUUGUGAAUUUCUAUAGCUGGGUGCCUGGCAGUGCCUGCCAUCUGGUCCCUAGCCUAGCCACGUGCAUGUCUUUUCUAGAGACAUUUUCAGUGCAUUUUUUUCCUAAAAGUUCAUAAUUUUAUAGUUCUUUUCUAACAAUUACUCCAAGAUGUAAAACAAUUCAUUUUCUGUCACAGCAUGGAGUUUUCCUCCCAAAAAAGUGAUUUCUAUCUUAUUUAAGAAAAAAAUCAAAUAAUUUUUUUGAUAUCUGUAUUGGAGAGUACGAAAGGACAGAAUAAAAUCACAUGCUUAAAUCUAGAACUCAGUAGCCAAUUGUAAUUUUGUAGGAUUAAAGCCAAUUGGCUAGCCAUGUUUCUAAUGUAUAGUAUGGGGUUUUAUUACACUAAACAAGCAUCUCUUUAAAUACAGUUUGAAAAUGAAAAAUGACUUGCUACUUUCCAUUUUGUAAAAGAACCUAAAACUUUA